AUGGGCGUGCGAAUUCCGUACGCCUUUGGGUGCUUCGUUCGAUACUUGUUGAGGCCCAAGCCGGAGGUGUGGCACAGGAUGCAGCCGUUUGAGAAGCAGCUGAGGGGAGACAAGGUGGUGAGCAUUGGCAUGCACGUGCGACAGUUCGGCCGCGGCCCCCCCCCGCCCAACACCACUGUCAGCCCGGAGGAAGUGAAGCAAGUCAUGGACGACGUCGUGUGGCCCGCCAUUGAGUGUGCCAAGAAUCUGGAGAACUGGUGGUACCCGCCAACGCUUGACGUGAAGUGGCUCGUUAUUAGCGACUCGUUGCAACUCAAACAGGAGGCUACCAAAGUGAAUGAUUCCAAGAUCGUGAUCACUGAAUUCGAACCGUGGGUCCCACCCUCCCUCCUCAGCAUCACCCAAAGCCCCCCUCCUCCACCCGCGCCCGCACCCCCUCCCUCCUCCGACCCUUCUUCCGAUCCCACCACCCCUGAGGGGCCCCCGCCCCCUGCAAUCCCCUCUGUUCAAACCUUCCAAGAGACAGUCACUGAGUGGCUUCUCCUCUCCUCGUGCAACUCCUUUAUUGUUUCAACCUCCGCCUUUGGCCGUACGGCUGCCAUGUAUUCAAUGCACCCUAUGAGCAUCUACACGCCGCAGUCGUGUGAGCCUCAGACCCCCGUCCGCGUUAGCAGCUUCGGAGAGGGGUCAAAGCGGCAGUUCUGA